AUGUCAAAAAUAGAGGUCAUAACCGAAAAUGUGAAUAACGGACACACCGGUGAGUUACAGACGAUCCAGUAUACCCAAUCGCAGAUGGUGGGCCAUGGGUCAUUUGGAGUUGUGUUCGAGACGCAGAUCUUGCCAUCUAACGAGAUAGCGGCUAUCAAGCGGGUGUUGCAAGACAAGCGGUUUAAGAACAGAGAGUUGCAGAUCAUGAAGUUGGUACAUCACCGCAAUAUUGUGGACUUGAAGUACUAUUUUUACACGAACAACGACAAGAGUGAGUUGUACCUUAACUUGAUUUUGGAGUUUGUGCCAGAAACAUUGUACAAGGCGAGCCAUUAUUAUGUGUCGAAGCGGUUGUCGAUGCCGCUGUUAGAAGUGAAGUUGUACACAUACCAGAUGUUGCGGGCGUUGAAUUACAUCCAUUCUCAGGGAAUCUGUCAUCGGGACAUCAAGCCUCAGAACUUGUUGAUUAACCCCGAGACGGGUGAGUUGAAAUUGUGCGACUUUGGCUCGGCCAAGAUCUUGAAUCCAGCAGAACCUAACGUGUCGUAUAUUUGCUCGAGAUACUACAGGGCUCCCGAAUUGAUCUUUGGUGCAACCAACUACACCACCAAGAUCGAUGUGUGGUCGGCAGGAUGUGUCAUGGCUGAAUUGAUCUUGGGCCAGCCAUUGUUCCCCGGCGAGCUGGGUAUUGACCAGUUAGUCGAGAUUAUCAAGAUCUUGGGUACGCCGUCGAAAGACCAGAUCAAGAACAUGAACCCCAACUACAUGGAGCACAAGUUUCCUCAGAUUAAGCCUAUCCCAUUACAAAAAAUUUUCAAGAAAAUGUCGAACGAUUGCAUCCAAUUUUUAAUUAAGGUGUUACAAUAUUCGCCUCACGAAAGAAUCUCGUGCAUCACUGCAUUGGCCGAUCCAUAUUUUAACGAGUUAAGAAAUCAGACUACAAAACUACCAAAUUAUAGAAAAUUAUUUUCCAAGCAAUAUCAUCAAAAUUCCACCGGUGGAAACUUAAACCAUCACAAUAACGCCAAUUAUCAGUUGUUCAACAAUCAGCCUGAUAUCAGGGACUUACCGCAAUUGUUCGAUUUCGACGAUCGUGAAUUGUCGGUCGACCCGCUGUUGAACCACAUCUUGAUUCCUGAAUUUGCCUUGGAUAGCUUGAAAUUGUCGAGUGGUGAUUUACAAUCCUUCAGACCUUUGACAAGUGAAGAAUUAAAAGUCACUUUGGAUUAG